AUGCGUCUCUCACCGAAGUGGUACCAGUUCCUCGUCGGCGUCUUCGCCUCUCUUGGAUCAUUUUUGUAUGGAUAUGAUCUGGGUGUCAUCGCGGAGGUGAUCAUCUGUGAUUCAUUCAAAGCCAAGUUUGCCCCAAAUGAUACGGAGAAGGGAUUGGUCGUGUCUUUAUUCACGGCUGGUGCAUGCAUCGGCGCCGCAUUUGCUGGUCCCAGCGGAGACUAUCUGGGUAGAAGAAAGACUAUAUCGUUGGGAUGUUUGGUCUUUACCCUCGGAGGAGGUCUUCAAACCGGCGCAAGAACGAUUGCCUAUCUGUACAGUGGACGAUUUCUGGCCGGAUUUGGCGUCGGCUUCCUCACGAUGAUGAUUCCUCUCUAUCAAGCCGAAAUCUGCCAUCCAAGCAUCCGUGGCCGAGUAACAGCCCUCCAGCAGUUCAUGCUGGGAGUUGGAGCCCUUUGCGCCACAUGGAUCGGCUACGGAACGUACACCGGGUUUGCAAAGGACAACCAAGCCCAAUGGCAGCUGCCUCUCGGAUUGCAGAUUGCCCCUGCGGUGUGCUUGGGUCUACUGAUCUCAUUCUUCCCCGAGUCGCCUCGCUGGCUCAUUGACCACAAUCAGGCCGAAGAAGGACUGCGUACCUUGGCCAAGUUGCAUGCGCAUGGGAACGAAAAUGACCCUUGGGUACGGGCAGAGUUUGCUCAAAUCCAGGAGAGCAUCACGUUUGAGCAUGAGAACGAGGCCAAGUCAUAUAUUGAGCUGUUGACCAAUCGCGCUUCCUUCCGUCGGCUGUUCCUCUGCUGUGCGCUACAGGCCUCUGUUCAGAUGACCGGCGUGUCUGCCAUUCAAUACUACUCGCCUGACAUAUACGGUCAGAUCGGUAUUUCCGACGAAGACACCCUGAAGUACCAGGCAAUCAACUCUAUCAUUGCAUUGAUAGCGCAAUUCCUGUGCAUGAUGUUCAUCGAUCGCUUCGGUCGGCGUUGGACCCUAAUCGGCGGCAACCUCGGGAACAUGGUGACCUUCAUCGUCGCAACCAUCCUGCUGGCCAAGUUCCCGCCUACGACCAGUAACAGCGGUGCGCACUGGGGCUUUAUCAUCAUGACCUGGCUGUACAAUUUCUCGUUCUCGGCAACUUGCGGUCCUCUAUCGUGGAUCAUCCCAGCGGAAGUGUUCGACACCCGCACUCGUGCCAAGGGUGUGUCAAUUGCCACGAUGCUUUCGUUCGCUUUCAACACGAUGAUUGGCCAGGUCACUCCCAUUGCUAUGACGAACAUUGGCUAUCGCUUCUAUUACCUCUUCGUCGUCUGCAACUUUACCAAUGCGGUCUUCUUCUGGCUCUUGCUUCCGGAGACAAAGCGGGUGCCUCUUGAAGAGAUGAACCAAAUGUUCACCAAUGCGCCGUGGAUUGUCCCUGGAAGUCGCAGGGAAGAGUACAUGGUCCAUGAUUUGGAGCGGAGGGUUGAGGAGCAGGAAGUGAAGCAGAAUACGAUGCAUUAUGAGUAG